AUCCGAGACGCGUGUACGAGCAUGCUGCUGACGUCUGCCAUGGCGCAGGGCCCUCAUGGAGCGCCGUCUAGGUCAUGAGCAAGGAAGACGGCUUUGAAGAUGUCUUGGGCACCGGCGCCAUCCGCAAGAAGUACAUCAAGACGAACCCCGACGGCAAGAAAGCUGAGUUUGGCGACGAAGUCAUCAUGACGUACAGCAGCUACGAGCUCGAGACGGGCAAGGCCAUCGUCGAGAACGAGCAGGUUGCGUUCCGCAUUGGCGACAACGAGACGCUGGCGGCCUUGGAGCUCUUGUCGCGGCUGCUGCGCGAAGGCGAGUCGGCUGAGGUCCACUGCGAAGCGCGGUACGCCUAUGGGAAUGCCGGGUCCUUUGACGAGCAGGCCAACCAAGACAUGAAGGACGCCAGCAUCAAGUUUAUCAUUUCGCUUGACAAAUGGGUCUCGGAGCGCAAGAUCCCGGAAGAAAUGUCCAACGCAGAGCUCCUUACCGAGGCCAACAAGAAGAAGGCGAGCGGCAACAAGUGGUUUGGCGCCCAAAACUACGCGUAUGCGACCAACUGCUACAAGAAGGCGCUCAAGGUCCUCGAGCAAUGGGACUCGGACGAGGAUCAUGCGUCGAACCUCCAGUGCAAGGAGCUCCUCGUCGCGCUCGGCAAUAAUGUUGCCAACGUCCAGUGCAAGCUCGGCAAGUUCAAGGAGGCCAAAGACUCGAGCAAGGAAGUGCUGCAGGUCGACGCGAAGAACAUGAAGGCCAUCUACCGUCUCGCGCAAAUCUCGUACCAGCAAGGCGACUGCGACGAAGCAACCGUGUUCAUUCGAAGCGCGCUCGAGAUCGACCCGACCAACAAGGCAGUGCGCGACCUCAUCAAGCUCGUCAAGGAGAAGCGCGAGCAGCAAAGGCUGCGCGAAAAGGAGCUUUUCGGCAAGAAGCUCGCGGCUGCGACGACGCCGGCUGCGACGACGACGACGGCAGCGACCGCCGCGCCGUCGCUGCUGCACAACAAGUUUGUCCUCGCGUCAGUCGUCGCUGUGCUUCUUCUCGCCCUCUUCGUGGGUUCGUACGCGUUGUAA